GUAUCGUCCAGACUAUUGAUAAUACCACUGCGAAAAAGACAUACUGCUCCACCAUGCCCAGCAUCCACGAAAGAAUUCGCGACGACCUCCUCGUCCGGGAGCGUGCCCUCUGGACAGCCCUCACCUCUGCCGACCCAGCUCCAGCCGUCGAAAAACUCAGCAGCCCCGAUGCCAACUUCAUCUUUCCGCAGAUGCCCAUCGUGACCAUUGACGGGACAGACCCAUCGUUAGAGGAUGUUGUCCAGCCGCCGUUUCACCGAUUCGACUCGUUUUCGUUAGGAGACACACGAACGAUUAUUCUGGACUUGAUGGCGGGUGUCAUCACGUAUCAAAUCACGGCCACCAAGGGGAAUCAGGUAUAUAAUGCGACGGGGUCAUCGACAUGGAGUCAAGGGUCGGAUGGAGAGUGGAAGCUGGCUUGUCAUCAAGAGACGUUGCUGUGAUUGUAUCCGAGUUCACGUUGCAUGCCGUUACGAUAAGAUCUGAUUCGUGUAUAUAUUCAAGAUUCGCAUAUAUGUAUCUGGUAUUCGACAGACAUCUAUACAAGUCAGGAUUCAUUGAUCCGACGUGUGAACCUAC